AGUACUUCCGUCUGUGUGUCGUACAGGGAAUCCCCAACACGAGCAACAUGAAGACAGCAGAAUUAGAAGUUAAACAAAGAGACCUCUUGUACAGAUUGAUUAUCAGUCAGUUUAUCUACGAUGGGCACAAGGAACUGGCAGCAACAUUUGCGAGUGUCAUCAAGCCCCACCCAGCCUGUCCCCCCUCAGACAGACUGCUACAGCUGAUGAAGUUGGGACUGAAAGUGGAGGAUGAUCAAAAUGAAUCCCGUGCUCUCAACCCUGACAUGGUUGCCCCUGGUUCCGGCAUCGAUCUCGAGUUUGAGACUGAGGUUCAGACAAUUUCUGCCGAGGCUGCACUAUACGAGACAUGCUAUGUGACAGCUCACAAGGGGCCAUGUAGAGCGGGGGCCUUCCACCACACAGGUCAGCUGAUUGCAACGGGGUCUGAAGAUGCUUCCAUCAAGAUCCUGGAUGUGGAGAGAAUGUUGGCGAAAAGUGCAACACCUGCAGAAAUCAUUGCCAUGGAAACUCCUCAACAGCAGAUGGAGAACCAUCCUGUCAUCAGGACUCUGUACGAUCACAGUGGGGAGGUGACUUGCCUGGACUUCCACCCUUUCCACCAGAUCCUGGCAUCUGGGAGCACCGACUUCAGCAUCCGAUUCUUCGAGUUCUCCAAGCCCUCAGUGAAGAAAGCCUACAAGAGUAUGCAGGAAGCAGCCCAAGUGCGGUGUAUCAACUUCCAUCCAUCAGGAGACUUCGUGCUUGUCGGCACCGAACAUCCAACAUUACGGCUGUAUGACGUCAAUACAUUCCAGUGUUUUGUGUCACAUGACCCAAGCGGACAGCAUGAAGGACCAGUCACCUCUGUAAACUGGAGCCCCAAUGCGAACCUGUUUACUACCUGCUCUAAGGAUGGCAGCAUCAAGGUGUACGGAGUGAGUCACCGAUGCAUCAACACUUUCAAGAACGCCCAUGAUGGCCACGAAGUCUGCUCAGUCACAUUCUCCAGAAAUUCCAAGUACAUCUUGUCGAGUGGCAAGGACUCGCUGGUCAAGCUGUGGGAGCUGUCCACUAACCGCUGCCUCAUCAUGUACACCGGCGCCGGGGCCACAGGGAAGCAGGAACAUCGCACACAGGCAGUCUUCAACCACACCGAGGACUACGUGUUGUUUCCUGACGAGAAGACAACCAGUCUGUGCUGCUGGGACUCACGCAAUGCUGAACGACAGAAACUCCUUUCUCUGGGUCACAAUGGCGUGGUUCGCAGUAUCGUCCACUCUCCAACAGGGCCAGCCUUCGUCACAUGUUCUGAUGACUACAGAGCCCGCUUCUGGUACCGCAAAGCUUCCACAGACUGAACAACAUCACCAUCAGCGGCAAUCAUCAUCAUGGGCAACUGUAUCAUUAGGACUGGAAUGAUUACCAGUCACAACAUAGGGACACAUGACAAAACAUCACUGAAACAUGUAGUUUGUCUGGAAACAAGUAAAUGGCUAUUGACUCUAUCAAAACAUAUCUUGUGGACUUGCAUCAAUAAAACUGACAUUGACCUCAAUAUUAUAUAUACUUUUAAUGAUUCCUUUUCAAAAAAAAAAUAACUUGCCCUCUUUGUAUAUACAUGAUAACAAACCAAAUUGUUUGGCUUAGAUUUAUGACGACACAACCUAUGUCGAUACGUUUUUGGGGCAUGGUGAACCAAUAUGGUGGUAUAAAGUAUCAUAAUGCACCCCUGGCGGUGGGGUAGCCUAGUGGUUAAAGCGUCCGCUCGUCACGCCGAAGACCCCGGGUUCGAUUAACCACAUGGGUACAUGUGUGAAGCCUAUUGCUGGUGUCCCCCGCCGUGAUAUUGCUGGAAUAUUGCUAAAACAGCGUAAAACUAAACUCACUCACUAAUAAUGCACCCAGACUUUGGUGAAUCAUUCCAGCCCCAUUAAUCAUUCAACAUUCAACAUUGCCAACAACAUCCAGAGUGUCAACAUUCAUCAUGGUCAUGUUGAUAUGUACGUUGGAUAUGUAUUGAUUGUUUUCAUUAAGGCCAUGUCCCUGGUUCUGACUUUCUCAGAAUCUUUGCCAGGGACACCUUGCCGAUUCUGGCACUGGUCAGUGCCUGUUAAAAUGCCAUCUCGAGUUGGUUUCAUGUCAUAACCAGAGAUGCCAAUCACUUGAUUUUAAGCCAGACAAAGUUAGCACGACAUUUUUUUCUCAGCUUACUUGUCAGAGACAACUUGCAGAUUCCAG